UCGGAUCAUUCAGUACCAAGUGUGUAUUGAAAGAGUAAAGAGAUGGCUACCGCGCUCGUAUCUUUAAUUCUCGGAGCAAUAAUAAUUCUUUAUCUGUAUCUAACGAGAAAUUUAAAAUAUUGGCAAAAACGAGGAGUUCCUUGCGCAAAUGGCGCUCUACCGGGAAUUGGUCAUAUGUGGGAUUUUGUCUCUAUGAAGGAAACCUUCUCCGAAUGGUGUCGCAAAAUCUAUUGUGAUAACAAAGGUCACAGUAUGGUCGGUUUCUAUAAUUUCAUGAAGCCUACAUUGCUGAUUCGCGAACCGGAGCUGGUAAAAACAGUGCUACAAACAAACUUCACAAAUUUUCACGACAAUGGACUCAAAGUCGACCCUGAGUUGGAUCCUCUUUUGGCGAACAAUCCUUUCUUCGUGUACGGAGAUAAGUGGGUGAUCGGACGAAAGCGGUUGACCCAUGCAUUCUCCGGCAUGAGACUAAAAAUUCUACUUGAGAGCGUUAAGCAAGUAUGUGAAGAAUUAGAGAAUUUUGUGGAUAAAAAGCUAAGCAAGGUGGAAAAAGUGGAAAUAGAACUGAAGGAUCUGUUCGCCAAGUACACCUCGCAGGUGGUAGCGAACGCUGGUUUUGGUGUGAACGGAUUAUGUUUCGACGAUGAGAAACAGAAGGAGUCCUUCUACGCAUUAGGCAAAUCUUUCCUCGAGCCGUCUUUUAUAAACAACCUUAUCUUUAACAUUGUGUUUCUAAUGCCUCGGUUGGCCAAUGUUCUAAAGAUAAGAUUCUUGCCAAAAAAUGUCGACCAUUUCUUCAGAACAUUAGUCAAAGAUAUCAUCGAGCAAAGAAGAACAAGCGAAACGCGGAGAAAUGACUUCCUCCAAUUGAUGGUCGAAUUGGAGCGUAUGGAAAAUGAUAAAUUCGACGUAGAAGUCCUGGCGUCCCAUGCGGUGUCAUUCUUCCUCGACGGCUACGAGACUUCCAGCACAACUUUAUGUUUCGUUGGAUUUCACUUAGCCGCUUACCCAGAAGUGCAGAAGAAAUUACGCGAGGAGAUAAUAACCGUGCUAUCCAAACAUAAUGGCACUCUCACAUAUGACGCCUUGAAGGAAAUGACCUACAUGGAUCAAGUAAUAAGCGAGUCACAGAGAGCCAUACCGACAUUAGGAUUUAUGACUAGAUUAUGCACAGAUACGAUUGAUUUGAAAGGAUCCGACGGUUUGGUUUGCUCUGUGGAGCCUGGAACAAAUAUUGUGAUAUCCGUCCAUGGUCUACAAAAAGAUUCUAGUUAUUGGGAGAACCCGGACUUGUUUGAUCCUGAAAGAUUCAGUCCAGACAAGAAACACAACAUCGAGAAAUUCGCCUUUCUUCCCUUCGGUGAGGGCCCACGAAUGUGCGUAGGAAUGAGGAUGGCUAUACUGCAGAUGAAGGCAUGUCUCGCUAUGUUUUUGAAAAAAUACAGCUUGGAACUUUCUCCGAAGACGCAGUUGCCCUUGAAGUUGAAAGCAGCAAGUUUCUUAAAUGCGGCUGAAGGUGGUGCUUGGGCUUUCAUCCGACCGAUUUAAUUAUAUGGCAUUCUGCGACAUCAACAUUUCAUUGACGCGAGGAAUCUCACUUGAAAAACUCAUCUGGGAAUCCCACUUAGGAAAUCCACUUAGGAUAUCUAGGCGAAACACCCAUUAGAAAUUCCAAUUGGGUUUUCAACAGGAUUUUUCAAUAAGGAGCACUUGUUCAUAUGCUUUAGUGUGCAUAAAUUUCUUAAACUAGUACGAUCACUACACAUAAAAAAAAAAAGUUUUGUACCAGUAUACAUCAGUUUAGACAGUUUUACGAAAAAGAACAGAUCUUUUGUAAACAAGCAAUAAUUUGUGGUUUAACGAUGUAUCACGUAAAAAAUUAUUCAUUUAUUUUAUAAAACUUGUUAUUACGAAAUGCGUAAAUAUCUCAUUAAUUUGAAUUUAUUAUAAAUACACAAUUAAUGCAGUUUCGAAGCCAAUGCAGUUGAAUGCGCAUUAAAAGCGCAUUAUAAACGCAUUGGCGCUCUUUGGUUACGCGAUAAAAAAUAUCUUUCAGUUUUAUACACGUUUCUUAUCAUUUGACCAGGUCAAAUGUAUACCCAGCAAAAAAUUACAUCGUCAAUACCAGUAGAACGGCGUCAUUGCUUUUGAUAGAAUAAGAUAUAAUGUUACUACAAAGAAAAUAUAUGUUUUACAUCAAAUCGCGCGAUGUAAGUUAUAUCUUACGUAAUGCUUUUAAUAAUAUCAUAAUAACAAUAUCAUUAAACAAUUCCAUAUAUAAAUAAAAAUAUACCUUUUCCAUUUUCAAACAAAUAAGUAAGUUUCAUCUUUGUGAAAACUACAAAUAAUAAUCUGAGACUUUUCGUUAUCAAAGACAUGAUUAGAAUGAUAUGUAUGUAAUUUUGCUUAGACAUUUAUAAAAAUAUAUAAGAUUAUGUAGCGCAAAAAUUGUAACAUUUUCCUAUACAAUAUAAUAUAAAUCAAACGAUUUAAUUUACAAUUAAUUAUAAACUUAUAGCAUGAAUCACAUGAUAAGUAAUAUAAGUUUAUACAUUUUAUUUACAAAUAUAUACGGUAGAAAGAACAAGUAUGUAAUAAUAAUAUAGACAAUCACGUAUACAUAUUUUAUAUAUUAUAGAGAGUUUAUUCAUUAAAAAUUCUUAUACAUAUUUCCAUGUGCUCUUUUACACAUUUUUAUGAUAGCAUACAUUUUUAUGAACACACUUGUUAGUAUACUUUCCACAUACGAAAAAAUACAUAUUUUUAACUGCUAAAUUAUUCUUGACAUAUUCCUUUAUAGCAGUAGCAAUAUUCUAAAGUAUAAUAACGUACAUGUAUGUUAAAUUCUAGCAGAAUGCGGUGAAAUUAAAAUGUGAUAAAUUUUGCGAAUUAACUAAUAAUACUUAAGCGUUUGUUAAUUAAAAUGGAAUAAUUAUUCUGUAUAAAAUAAUCUGCCGAAAUAAAAACAAAGUUUUAAUAAA